CGAUCUUAUGCUCUCACGUCCUAACACUGUAAGAUGCAGAUGACCAACCGCUGGAGAGCUUAACCACGGGCGAAAAACAUCGCUUUCGAAUCUUAUCUUCUGUGGUUCCUUUUCUUAUGCUGGUUUUUGUUUGCCUCUUAUCUGCUCACUGUAUGUUUCGUGCAUUCUAGAGGAUGAACAGCUGUGGGUCUAAGAUAAACAUCGAAGGAAGAAUAAAGGAGAACUGGAAAGCAAGAUAUCUUGCCCCACAGCAGAAUCUGACGCAACUUGAAGACUCCUGGAUGUCUCUCUAUCCUUAUAUUGUGCUGCUGCUGCUGCUUCCUCUCUCUAUCGUACUAAUCACUCUUUGGUCUAGUUUGGAGUCACUGGUUGCAGCGUCGGGAUGGCGUGCCAGAGGAACGUGGGGAUGGCGGUGGACUUCUCUGCAUGCAGCAAGGCGGCACUGAGAUGGGCUUCAGACAACUUCGUGAGAGGAGGCGAUCGGGUCGUCCUCCUCCAUGUCAACUCCUGCUUCCAGAAUGAGCAAGGAAUGGCUCACCUGUGGCAGCGUGCUGGUUCACCCUUUAUUCCCUUGGAUGAAUUCGCAGAUCCCCUUAUCGGCAAGCAAUACGGCGUCACACCCGACUCGGAAACGCUCGAGAUCCUUCGCCACAUGGCCAACCAGAGAGGGGUUGAAGUCGUCGCGAAGAUAUACUACGGUGACCCGAAGGCGUUGCUCUGCGAAGCCAUCGACAAGAUCCCACUGCACUGUCUCGUCGUCGGAAGCAGAGGACUCAGCAAGCUGAAACGGGCGCUCUUGGGGAGCGUAAGCAGCUAUGUAGUGAGCAAUUCUGCGUGCCCCGUGACUGUUGUCAAGCAGUAGAUCCAACUUCUUACAAAAAGACACUACAGAUUAGCAUCAACGUUAUGGGUUGUAAUAAUCAUGUUUGGUGUACUGUUUCAGCCUCGAUACAGCUUUGGGGUUUGGUAAUUGCUAAUUACCUUCGAUUUGGUCUCUGUGUUUCUCCACGAUGUAUGAUAGGCUUCCACGUAAUGGCAUAACCAAACUUUUGGUUCUCUUGUUA